AUGGCCAGCUCAAAUGGCGUCAACCUCAACAGCCCGGUGCUGGCGAUUCUGUCGUACUGUGGCAGCAGCAUUCUCAUGACCGUCUCCAACAAGUACUGCGUCAGCGGGACCGGAUGGAACCUGACCUUUUUCCUGUUGGCGGUGCAGUCAAUCGUCUGUAUCAUGGCCAUCUCGACCGGCAAGGCCAUGGGCCUCAUCACCUACCGAGACUUCAACACCGACGAAGCGCGGAAAUGGUUCCCCGUCUCCCUCCUUCUCAUCGGCAUGAUCUACACCUCCAUCAAGGCCCUCCAGUUCCUCAGCAUCCCCGUGUACACCAUCUUCAAGAACUUGACAAUCAUCCUCAUCGCAUAUGGAGAGGUGCUGUGGUUCGGCGGCUCAGUUACCGGAAUGGCGCUGCUGAGUUUCGGCCUCAUGGUUCUGAGUAGCAUCAUCGCUGCGUGGGCAGACAUCACCCACGCUCUGACUUCAUACGGCGGCGACAGCACAACAGGCGAGGCCGCUGAGAAGAUCGCGACCCUGAAUGCUGGAUACCUCUGGAUGGGAAUGAACUGCCUGUGCUCCGCAGGCUACGUUCUGGGCAUGAGGAAGCGAAUCAAGUUGACCAACUUCAAGGACUUCGACACCAUGUUCUACAACAACCUGCUCUCCAUCCCCAUCCUCCUCAUCGGCUCCCUCCUCCUCGAAGACUGGUCCUCCGCCAACCUCGCCGUCAACUUCCCCCCAGGCCGCCAAGGCCCCAUGAUCGCCGCCAUGAUCUUCACCGGCCUCAGCAGCAUCUUCAUCUCCUACACCAGCGCCUGGGCCGUCCGCGCCACCUCCUCCACCACCUACUCCAUGGUCGGCGCUUUGAACAAACUCCCCAUCGCCAUCUCCGGCCUCGUCUUCUUCGACGCCCCCGUCACCCUCGCCUCCGUCUCCGCCAUCUUCGUAGGUUUCGUGUCGGGUAUCGUCUACGCCGUCGCCAAGAUCUGGCAGGGCAAGGAGAAGGAGGCCAAGACGACCCUCCCCACGACCAGCGCCAGCUCGCAAAGUAUGCGCGACUCGCUCAAGUCAUGA